GUCUCUUCUCUCCGAGAAGAAGUCAGAAAGUCCUCGUUAUGGUUCUAUGAUCCAUCCCUCUUGCUCAACUGAACCACCGGCACGCAGAUGGAUCAGGAUCGCCCCUUUUACUCCAACUGUGCCCAUGGGAACAGCAAUGGAUCAUCAUCACCGGGGAUGUCGCCUGCUUCCACUUUUAAGCGUCCUCCAAACGUCCAAGCUGCUUCGCACUUUUUGGCUGCUGCCAUGAUGAAGAGGGCUGCUGCCAGUGAUGAAGAUGAGGAUCAUGAUGACUUUGAAUUCGGGUCUCCUUUUACUUCGUCUUAUCCCCUUCCCCACGGUAGCAACAACAAUGUCUCCAAUGCCAUUGAGGGAUUACGCUCGACUCCUGCUUCCACACUCGAGCGGUCGCCUUCACCUGCGCAAGGUGGGAACUCCAUGAAGUACUCUCAGACUAUUCGCUCCGAAUCGGCAGGAAGACCAUUCAUCUCCAUGCCUUCAACGGCUGCAGCAUCAGCAAUCCAAACACCAGUUCCGAUACCUCCUAUCCAAACUCCUAAGAGAAAAGCAAGAGCAGAUAAAAGAAUUCCUCUCGAUGCCCGACAACCCAACCUAAAUGACACUGGGAGUAAGCACGAAGUUUCUGCACUCCGUGAUGAACUUGACAUGCUACAAGGAGAGAAUUACUCAUUAUGGGAGAAGCUUCAACAAUCUGAAGAGAGGUGCAUCAAAGCAGAGGCCAGAGCCAGGGAGCUUGAAAAACAGGUUGCUAAACUUGGACAAGGUCUAUCCCUUGAUGACGAAUUUUCACGGCGGAGAGAAGAAAUCUUGCGCGAAAGAGAGGUUGCUCUAAAGAAUGGAAGAGACAAGGAAAUUGUAGCUCUUCGUUUGAAAAUGGAGAACUUGACGGAAGAUAGAGAAGCAGCUAUUGCCCAACUUCAGGAAGCAAAUUCUGAAGUGAAAGCUCUGCGCACGAUAGUACAUAGAAUGGUUUUGAUGCAGGAUGAGAAGGAGGAAGUUGUCUUGAAAAGAUGUUGGCUCGCUCGAUACUGGGGUUUAGCUGUAAAGCAUGGCAUUUGUGCUGAUAUAGCACAAUCAAGACAGGAGUAUUGGUCAUCUCUAGCUCCGCUUUCAUUCGAGAUGGUGAUUUCUGCCGGAGUGAAGGCUAAGGAAGAGUCCUGGUGUGCAGGCGGCAACAAUCCAGAUAGAAGAAAACUCGUUAAUGAUACAAGUGAUUUAACGGGUGAAGGAUAUAUCGAGAGCAUGCUCUUGGUUGAAGCCGGGCUGAAGGAGUUAUCUUCUUUGAAGGUUGAAGAAGCCGUCAUUAUAGCAAUGGCUCAAAGCCGAUCCAAUUUCGUUAGGCAAUCCACCUCAGAUUUCAUACUUCCUGGUGAUCUCAAAUUCAUCGAUACGUUUGAACUAAGCAAAGAGGAGGCUGAAGAUAUUCUUUUCAAACAGGCUUGGUUGACAUACUUCUGGAGAAGAGCUGUGGUGCACCAUGUUGAAGAAGACAUUGCCAGAGAAAGGCUUCAAUCCUGGAUCGGCUGGAGUGGGCAGACACCAAGUCCGCAUGAUGCCGUGGAAGUUGAGCGUGGUUUACGGGAGCUGCAGAAACUUGGAAUAGAACACCAACUUUGGGAAGCGUCUCGCAAACUUACCAACCGCCCUCCUCCUACAUCGCCAUCUAACGACAUUGCUCUCCUCCAUGACUAUGAUCAGUGAGUUACACCAUUCAUAUUCUCUUCAUUCCCGAACUAAGCUUACCCCAUAAUUUAUGCCCGUCUGAGCUGGAGCUACUCUCCACGUUCUCGUGCAUGAAGCUUGUUCUCAUCUUAUGCAUCAGCACAGACUGGCAGGUUGUGAUUUCGGUUGUUUGAUAUUCUAAGUGUGUGGCUCAAGAACACUGUAAUCUCCAGGUUAUCAGUCAUUGAUUCAGUCAAUAACAGAUGAAAAAAGACGUA